ACCCAGAACUACCACCACUAUCUACUGGCUUAUAAUAGGCUCGAUCGCAUCCAGUUCAUUGAGCGCAAGCACGGAACACGCAAUGCAUGCCUAUUACUUCGACAAUCAACCCGGGGACCAACGACUUCCACACCACGACCUCGAACCAUCUAGUUCCGUGGACGUCGAGACGUUGAAACGUAUCAAAGUAGAAUCUUGGAAUAUACCCGUUGAGAAAGGGUAUGAAGAAAAGCUAGAUUCCAUUGCGAAGGAAAGGGCGUAUAAGAAUAGGGAUGUGAUUACUUUGUCGAAGGAGAUUUUGGGAGAGGACUUUGAAGAGAAAAUCCAAGUUUUCUACAAGGAGCAUAUCCACGAAGACGAGGAGAUUCGAUACAUCCUCUCCGGAGGUGGAUUUUUCGACGUUCGUCAGGCCCCUACGAAUGCAUGGAUCCGUCUCGCUGUAUCCCCGGGCGACUUACUCAUCAUCCCCGCUGGGAUAUACCACCGCUUUACCGUCAAUGAGGGAAACAUGGCCCAGGUUAUUCGCUUGUUCAAGGACGAGCCGAGAUGGACGGCUAUCUAUCGCGGAGAAGAGAGUGAUGCGAACCCCCAUCGGAUUGAAUAUCUCAAAUCGAUUGCAGUAGAUGCUUGAAGAGUCAUUUGUGUUGGCGUAGGGGCAUUUGUGUUGGCGUAUGGGGCAUAUGCAGGAAGAAAAGUUUCAUUGUCACUGAAUUGCUCCGAGGAACCUUGUUUACUAGCAUCUUCAGAAUUCCCAGGCGCAAGGCUUUCUUAUGUUCAAUCACAAUGCGAAGUCCGUCUUCCCUCAAUCCCUCAAUCCCUCAAUUGACGCAUGAUGAUGAUUUUGGGAACCUCGUGCAGAACUUUUGUGAGGACUAGUUUUUUGCAUUUGAGAUAAAUUGAGCGC